AUGACGGAGGCGCCGGCGGAGGAUCGCCUACAGGAAUGCGAGGCCGAGCUCGAGUCGAUGCAGGUCUACGAGAAGGGCCAAGUGACCGCGCUACUGGCCACUGCCAAGGAGGCGAUGGCCGCCCUUCUCGCAGAGAAGCUCGCCAUCGAAAGCGCGCUGCCCGCUCUGCAGGCGAAGGAGGAGCACCACAUCGCGCAGCAGCACGCGCACAUGCACGAAGCGGCCGACUCUGCCGCUGCCAUCGAUGCCGAAUUGAGCGAGUUGCAAGCCUAUGCGGGCGAUCUCUGCGCGCUCAUUGCGCCUCAAAAGAGCCGCUUGGUGCAUUUGCAGCGCCACGUCGAGUACCUCAACGUGCUCCUCGAGGUCGAGACCAUUAGCACUCGCGCCAAGGACACCACCGACGGCGACAUUGACUCGCUCGUGGCGCUCGCUGCCAUCAACGCCAAACUGCCGACGCUCUUUGGUCUCGAGACCAGUUUGCACUUGAAGUUGCGUAAACUCAUUACAGAUCGCAUGGCGUACUUGGCGCACGCGUUUCAAGCCUGCCACGUCCAGCAGCUCGAGAGCCUCUUGCGCGACCUCGACUGGCCGCGUCCGCUGAGCGACGCCGAGCGCGAGGCGAUGGCCGACACGUGCGAAGCUUUUCGCGCCACGUUUGCCCGCCUUGUGCAGUUGCAGCUUUCGCUGGCGUCCGUGGCCAUCGGCGACAGCUCGGCGACGGGUCUUGACCUGUGGGCCAUGGAGUGCCUCCUCUCGCCCCUUGUGCGUCGCUUUCGGUAUCACUUUGACACGCAGCAAAAGACCAACGACGUGACCAAGCCCGAGUGGUUCUUCACAUACAUCCUCGAGACCCUUCAUGGACACUACGCCUUUGUACAAACGUGCGUGGCGCCGGCGCUGCGUGACGCGACGGCGUCGAUGCCCGACAAGAAGCACUCGCUGGACGCGAUGUCGCUCUUCGUCCAAGGUCUUUUGGUGCCACUGCGGCACAAGGUCUCGGCGCUGCUGCCGCUCGUGGUGGAGAGCAAGCCGCUGCUGUGCCACGCGAUCGAUGAAAUCGUUGCGUUCGAAAAGACGCUGCGCGACGACUAUGGCUACGUGGCCGUCCAGCCGCACCAGCACUUGAAGCGCGCGCGGGUCCCGACUGUCCUCGACCUCGUCGCGCAAUCGCCCAAAGUGUUUGGCCUCUGGACGCUGAUGGACCGCGAGUACGCGCAGUCGUUCCUCACGACGUACCUCCAAGACGCGACGGCGUGGGACCUCGUGCUAACUGCAAGUGAUGACGAUCUCCGCGUCACCAACGCCGCGUACGCUGUCGCCUCUUGCCUGGAUGCGCUCAAGCACCGGUUUCAAGGGCUCUCGGACCCCGCGCAUCGCUACGCGUACGUUGUGCAAGUGCUCAAGCCGUUCUUGCAGCACUCGUACACGCAACUUGCGACGCAUGCCAAGACCCAAAAGAUCUACGCCGCCCUGCACGCGCCCUCCGACCCGACGUGGCAUCGGUAUUGCGCCGCCGUCAACAGCUGUCACUUUGUGCGGCUCGUGCUCACCGAGUGGGACGAGACGGCGCUCUUCGUCGAGCUCUUGCAGAUGGCGAAAGCGACCAAGAUCCAGCGCCCUGCGUUGCGCCUCCCGCGCGUCCAAGGGCUCGCGCAUCUCAACCCGCUUCUCAAGCGCGAAGAAGCUCAAGUCGUGACCAACGCGCUCUUGGGGCCAGCGUCGCUCAUUGUGCCGACGGCCGCGCUCUCGGCGGCUUUCUCCGUCGGCUCAAGUGUGUGGCACUCGCUCAAGGCUGCUCCGGACGCGAUGACGCCGCCCGAGACGGCCACCGACCAUGCCGAUGGCAAUAAUGAGGACGAUCUGGUGCUCGAAGGCUCCAUGUUUGAAAACGAAAUCACGCUCUUCCGGACGCUCGUGGGGGCGCUUGAGGCCGACCUCUUGAACGCGUCCGUGACGGCCAUCGUCGGCGCGUGGGAAACACGCUACCGUGCCAGUCCCAUGUGGACAAUGGCCACAGCACCCGAGUACAUUGUACCGGACGUAUCGAGCGAGCUCCGCGACGGCUUGCAGCUGCUCACACAGCACUUGGCGCAAGCCCAGACCGCGCUCUCGUCGACGCUCUUCCAGGCGUACUGGAAACACGUCGCGACCGAGCUCGACAAGUAUCUCCUCAACAGCAUUUUGCACCACAAGAAAAUCUCCGCGCCCGGCCGCGCCCAGCUCGUUGUCGACGUGCAAACGGUCGUCGGCCUCUUCCGUCCGUACACGGCCAAGCCCAUGGCCUACCUGCGCGGGUAUCCAGAGAAGAGAAAGGGUCGAGUGACGCGGUGA